AUGGGUUUAGUGAUUCCCUUCCUCCAACUCCUGAGCCGCUUCUUCAUUGCUUCUAAAGUGGAUGAAGAGGACAAGGACAAAGACUCUAAGUAUGACCCGUCCCUGUACAAACGUGGCGACCUUUUGGAGGUUCCUAGAACUCUCUUCACCCAUUUCGGCAUCUACCUGGGCAACAACCGGGUGGCGCACUUCAUCCCGGACAUCUUUCCGGUCUUCACCGAUAACAAGGGUGCCAUCGGCAAGACGGUGACCAACAACCGGCUGAUUCUAGGGGUGAUCGCCAAGUCGGCGAGCGCCAGGGUGGACUCGUUGGCGGAUUUUGCUUAUGGCUCGGAGAUCCUGGUCAACCACAUGGACAAGCUGURCAGCCAGCCCCCCCUGGAAGGGGACGAGGUGGCCAGGGGGGCAGAGAGGCUCAUAGGCUCCAUGACCUACAGCUUGCUGUGGUACAGCUGUGAACACUACGUCAUGUACUGCCGUUACGGCAUGGCCAUCAGCUACCAGACCUACCAGUUCUGUUUGACAUUGAGGAAGAUCAUCUGCAGAAGGAUGAACGCCUACCUCACAGCUCUGUGUGGAGCGGGCACCGUGUUAUACCUGGGCUCCCCAACGCUGCUGAACACAGUACCCACCCUGCYCGUCCCCUUCGCCAUCUGGAUGGCAUCGUAAAACAAAAUGGCCAUGACAUACAAAGACACUCGUUGAAAUGACUGCGGAAUAUGGAAUGCUUAAMCGAUGUCCCACUAUCGGUAUCACUGCAUUAUCAUUGUACAUGACUUUUUUUUUUAAAGCAUUAUGGGAAAUKUCACGUUGGUGGUGAUAGUAGUUUUUUUCUCCAACUUGCGUUAUUUUAUUAGUUMAAAGUUUUGACAGU